AUGGACUCAAAGUCAGAGAUCGACGUGCCUCCAUUCUUCCUCUGCCCGAUCUCCCUCCAGAUAAUGAAGGAUCCGGUCACCCUCCCCACCGGUAUCACAUACGACCGCGACUCCAUCGAGCGGUGGCUCGGCAACAACAACAAGACGUGCUCCGUCACCAAGCAGCCCAUCCCGCCGGACGCCGACCUAACCCCCAACAUUAUCCUCCGCCGCCUCAUCCAGUCCUGGUGCACCCUCAACGCCUCCCACGGCUUCCACCGCAUCCCCACUCCCAAACCACCCGCCAGCCGGGCACAGAUCUCCAAGCUCAUCCGCUCCGCCACGUCAUCAUCCCUACAUCACAGCCAGAUCAAGUGCCUCAGGCAGCUCAAGUCCUUAGCAAAGGAAAGCGACGCCAACAAGCGCUCCAUCGAGUCCGCCGGAGCCGUCGACUUCCUCGCCUCGGUCGUGGUGAAUUUCAACCACGACUCGGAGCUGGACUGCAUCGAGCAGUUCGGCUCCAGCCCUUGCGACGAGGCGCUGAGCCUCCUGCACGGGCUCCGGAUCUCGGAGCCCGCGCUGAAGGACCUGGUCAACAAGAACGGCGAGUUCGUCGACUCGCUCACGCGAGUGAUGCAGCGCGGGACGUACGAGUCCCGCGCCUACGCGGUCCAGGUAUCCAAAUCCAUGCUCCACGUGGCGGACCCGCUCCGGAUCAUCGGGAUCCGAACCGGAUUUUUUGUCGAGGUGGUCCAGCUGGUGAGGGACCAAAUAUCGAAGCAGGCGUCCAAGGCCGCAUUGGGAUUGUUGAUCGAGAUGUGCCCCUGGGGGAGGAACCGCGUCAAGGCCGUGGAAUCCGGCGCCAUUUCGGUCCUCGUCGACCUGCUCCUCGACUCGUCAGAGCGGCGGGCCUGUGAGAUGGCGCUGGCCGCGCUGGACGUGCUGUGCUAG